ACACGAUGUGCACCACACACCAGCGUCUCUCCAGCCCCUGAGCUGAGUGGUGACCACGCCUGAGGCAUGGAGCUACCUCUGCUUCUGCCUCUGCUGGCCUUGCUCCAGAGUCUCCCCCGGUUGGUGUCCCCCGCAGGUACCCUGUCGGCCCCCAAACUAACUCCAGACCGUCCAUACACAGUGUAUCUCCCAGGAGAGAAGGUUAAACUCCAGUGCACAGCUCCUGGGCAUAAACAGACUACGAAACACAGUUUCUUCUAUCAAAAAGAGCCACAGGCCCCCAGCACAGUCCUACACUCUGAUGAAGGAAAAUUUGCAGAGUUCACAGCUGAGAAGGGAAGAGCUGGGACCUACACCUGUGCGUACUGGACAGAGGGACCCAAUGGACCGGUCUCUGAGACCAGCAACUCCGUCCCCAUCUCCAUAGCAGCCCCCCAGCUCACUGUGUCCCCUCUGCGGCCUGUCUACGUCACUGGGGAAGACGUGACCCUGACGUGCUCAGCUGCCGGGGUGCCCAAUCUGUCUGGGAUCCGUUUCUACAGGGAUGGAGAGAAAAUCCAACCCCAGGAAAUUCCAUCAAUCCGCAACGGCUCUACGGCCUCCAUCCAGCUGUCGAGUGUGGCCAUGUCGAACGCAGGCGUGUACAGCUGUGAAUACUGGCGCAGUGUGAAUGGGAGAGAGUUCGUAUCGGAGAGAAGCCAAAACAUCCCCAGAGCAGUAACAGCUCGGCUCCCGACCCCACAGCUCGGUGUGUUCCCACAGCAGCUGGGCUAUGUUGCUGGAGAAUCGAUCACCCUGACGUGCUCAGCCGCGGGGGCGCCCAACGACUCCAUGAUCCGCUUCUACAAGGACGACCAGACACUGCUCCCCGAGGAACUCUGCCUCCGCCUGCACCAGGCCACCGCCUCCGUUCGGCUGUCGGCGCCGCCGCAAACCAGCACCUACACCUGUGGGUGCUGGAGAGUAGAGUCCGGGCGAGAGAUCGAAUCAGAGAGGAGCCGGCCCAUCUCCAUAGCAGUGAUGGAUCCCCUUCCCCCGCCAGUGCUGAGCGUGGAUCCCCCGUCUGGAGCGGUGAGCGAAGGGCUCCCCCUGCUCCUCACCUGCAUGGCCCCAGGGAACACCGGCGAGAGGAGGUUUCCUUCCUACAAGGGUGGCUCUGUGACCGUCUCCGUGACCCGCGUCCUCAGGGCUGGUCCCAGCAACGUGGUUGAAUUCACCUGCGGGAACAAGGAGAAUGUGAGCGGGAGGUGGAGCCCGUCCUGCACACGCCAGGCUGUGAACAUCACUGUGGAUGUGGCUGUGUCAGCUCGCCGCUUCCCCUCGGUCCGGGACCUGGCCGUAGGCGGCUCCUUCUUCCUCAUCAACGGCCUCAUUUUACUCCUCUCCCGCUGCUGGUUUAGCACCAGGUAAAGAGCUUGUUCUGCCAAGGGGCCCUUCCUUAUGUGCUUCGUAUUCCCAUCGAACU